CUGAGUCACUUUCCGUCGCUAGGCUACUCAUAACCUAACGUAGCAGGCGUAAAGGCUACUCGGAACAGCUCGAACAAGGGAGCGACUAAAUGUGCCAUUUGGCAAGUGUAGGCUAUAGCACGUGCAGCUUAACUAGUACUAGCAUUUGGAACUUAGUUAGGGAGUGUAUGUUUUUUUAUUACGCAUAUGAGCACUUGAUGUUGGUGUGUAGACACUCACUGUAUCUUCAAUUCAGAUUCAACUAUAGUUGCAUCACAUUGGCUACUUUAGACAAGACACCAUUACCUUCGUAAGGAAAUAAUCAUCGUUUGAAAUGCCAUGCGUAAUUGCAUCCAAGCAUCUAAACAGUUGUUAUUUACGCUACAUAACAUGAUUUUACUAAACAUAUAGGCGAAUUCCAAUAUAUUAAAAAGCAGCAAGAACUUAAUCAUGUCUUGAAUAGAUAUUGCUUUGUAAAUAAUAUUUCUAUACAUCUACAAAACACAGUUGAUCAAGAAAGGCACACUCUCGACAUAAACAAAAUCCCUUCGUGCACCUCUCUCUUCUCUCUCUUGCAUUCUCUAGCAUACGUCUCACCCCAGCUCUCUUUGCUGUGGCUUAUUCACUUCGGUGUGUCACCCACGAAUUGCUACGACUCCAUCUCCAGAAGGGGGAGGGGGGGGCUGCUGGGUAUAUGCGUUUGUGACGAAUCCCAGGGCUUCAAAGACGAAAACCAAGUCCAGCUCCCGGACAGCAGACACACCCGCAAGGACACUCCAAAACUGGGAUGAACGAUGGGUGCUGCCUUUAACGCGCGCACUGGAAUCAAGACAAAAUACCAGGAGCUAUCCUGAUUUUACGCUUUGUUAGACCUUCACUUCACCUGGCGCCUGUGUCGAUCGAAGCCAGCGAAAUUUGAGAAUAACUUGAUGACAAGGCUUCUACCAUAAAUGGGGAUUUAAAAAUAUAGAUUUUGAGAGCAUCUCUUCAGAAACAGGGGGACCUUUGAAUUUGGAUCGACAUACUGUUAAAAGCUACAUGGACUGGAUUUGGAUUCAUUUUACUCAAUGGAACUUCGGAAUAACGCAGUUUUGAAUUGCAAGUCUUCUCAGACUUGUUAAUUUCAUCAAAAUAUCUGCAUUCGGCUAUACAUCGGCUACACAUUCUUGAAAUAAUAACUACAACGAACUUAUUUUAAUCAAGCUUGUGGAAUUGUUGAUUGUCCCUCGAAAGCGUUUGAGUUUGGAACACGGAAGAUACGCUUCAAUGGAAUUGUUAACUUUUUCAAGAAAUCCCAGAUGGAGGUUUCCCGGUAUCAGGAGGGAAUAACCAGGAAGUCCGGAGUCCUCCAACCAGGAUUUCUGGGAAACCAGGGAAUUUAUUGAAAGUUCCAGGAAUUUUGCAACCCUAAAAGUUCGUCUGAAAGUCUGGGUCGACUGACACACACAAUCAUGGACAGAUCACUGGACCGCUGAGUGCAAUCUUCCUCUUUCUCCUCCUCCUUCCUCCUCCUCCUUCCUCCUCCUCCUCUUCCUCCUCCUCCUCCUCUUCUUCCUUCCUCCUCUUCCUCCUCCUCCUCUUCCUUCUCUUCCUCCUCCUCCUCUUCCCCCAGAGGCUUCAGUGAACACCCUGAAGGUCCCACCUGGUUGCCAGAAAAUCAGUGAGACAGAAAGACAGAUCGACGAGAGGUUACAAAAAAACAGAGGUUCCAGCAAACCCCCUCUGGUCUUUCUAAUUCAUUUGGUAACCAUGACGACCACUCUUUUUUCCUCCUUACCUGGGCACCUGGUGAACCCCCAAGUCCCCCUGUCAUCAUCGUUGCUGCUUUUGCUGCUGUUACAACUGUUUAGUCAGUGCCCUGCUGCUCCCUCAGGGCCUGAGUCAGACACCUGCUCCACUCUGGUUCAGAGCCGAUUCUUUGGCCACUUCCUGUCCUCCUCCACUUUCCCCACGGCACCCUGCUCCUGGACCCUGCAGAACCCAGACCCGCGCCGCUACACCAUCUUUAUCAAGGUAACCAAACCUACCUCCACAACGGACUGCAUUCCCCGGCAGCUCCGCACAUUCCAGUUUGACUCGUUUCUGGAGACCACGCGCACCUACCUGGGCAUGGAGAGCUUCGACGAGGUGGUCAAGCUGUGUGACUCUUCAUCCCCUGUGGCCUUUCUGGAGGCUGGGAAACAGUUCCUACAAAUGAGGAAAGGGCCGCCCCGGGCCGGCGUGACGGUCACCACCCCUAACGCUAGCGAAGAUGGGGAAUUUAAGACAGAGUACCUGGUGGUGGGGAAGCGUAACCCCAGCAUGGCAGCGUGUCAGAUGCUGUGCCAGUGGCUGGAGGACUGCCUGGCAUCCAGCACCUCUAACAGGCCCUGUGGCAUCAUGCAGACCCCCUGUCAGUGCUGGGAGCCCCCUCCUCCUCCACAGCUCAGCGAAGGAGAUGGAUGCUACAGGAACGGGUUCUAUCUGGAGAACUGCCUACCCAGUGCCAAUGAGAAGAGUGAUACUGACAGCAACAGUGGCUGGAGUGUGUGGGCGGAGUGGAAGGAGUGCAGCAGUGACUGUGGUGGUGGCGUUCAGACCCGGAGCCGUACCUGUCAAUCUCCCCCGGAGGAGACAUACCUGUGUGAGGGAGUAGUGGAGGAGGGAAGGCCCUGUAACCCUCAGCCCUGCAGUGGCAAAGGCCGUCAUCUCACUCGCAGCCAAUCACUUCGCUCCGUGGACAGCCGCAAGCGUGAUGGCGGCGGUGGCGAGGUAGACAAGACGCGAGGCGGUGGCGGCGGACAGCAGGCCCCACAGACAGUGGACCAGACUGCGUCAGGUGAGGAGUGGUCGUCGUGGAGUGUGUGUUCGGCCACAUGCGGUGAGAGCUGGCAGAGCCGCACGCGUUUCUGUGUCUCCUCCUCCUACAGCACCCAGUGCAGCGGCCCGCUCCGAGAGCAGAGGCCCUGCAACAACUCUGCCGUCUGUCCAGCCGCUCUGAUUGCAGUGCAUGGGACUUGGGAUGAGUGGUCGCCAUGGAGCUUGUGUUCGUCAACCUGCGGCCGUGGUUACCGGGAUCGCACGCGCAGCUGCAAGCCCCCUCAGUUUGGGGGAGACCCCUGUAUGGGGCCGGAGAAGCAGACCAAGUUCUGCAAUAUCGCUGUCUGCCCAGUUGAUGGGGUGUGGAAUGAGUGGGCUAAUUGGGGUUCAUGCUCUGCGUCCUGCUCCAACGGGACCAUGCAGCGGAUCAGGGAGUGUAACGGACCUUCGUACGGAGGAUCAGAGUGUCGCGGGGAGUGGAUAGAGACCAGAGACUGCUUCCUACGGGAGUGCCCAGUGGAGGGGAAGUGGCAUCCUUGGACGUCGUGGGUGGGCUGCACCAAGACAUGUGGCGGGGGGAGCCAACAGAGACAGAGGAUUUGCUAUGGGCCCUUCUUUGGGGGUGAAAAUUGUCCUGGAGAUCGGGAGGAGGUGCGACGCUGCAAUGAGAAGCGGUGUCCAGAACCUCAUGAGAUCUGUGCAGAGGAGAACUUCUCCAACGUAGUGUGGAAAAUGACUCCAGCAGGGGACACAGCGGCCGUACGCUGCCCUCCCAAUGCCAAUGGGCUGAUCCUGAGGCGGUGCACCCUGGAUGAUGAGGGAAUAGCCUACUGGGAGAACCCCACUUAUAUGAAGUGUAUCUCCAACGACUACCGCAGCAUCCAAACACUGACUCGGGAACACCUGUCCAAGGCCCAGCGAGGGCUUGUGGGGGAUGGAGUUUCAGAGGUGAUGACCAAGCUCAGGGUGACGUCCAGCGAUGGGACCAGCUACAGUGGAGACUUGCUGGCCAUAGUGGACGUACUGAAGAACAUGACAGAGAUCUUCAGACGGGCCUACAACAGCCCCAGCAAUGCAGACAUGAGAAACUUUGUCCAGUCAGUCAGUAACCUGCUGAUGGAGGAGAACAGAGAGAGAUGGGAAGAAGCACAACUGUUGGGUCCUAACAUCAAGGAGCUGUUCCGGUUGGUGGAAGACUUUGUGGACGUCUACGGUCUUAGGAUGAAAGACUUCCAGGACACGAUCGAGGUCACGGAUAACUUAGUUCUGUCCAUCCACAAGCGUCCGGUGGCGGGUAAUGCAGACAUCAGCUUUCCUAUGAAGGGCUGGAAGGGGAUGAUGGACUGGGCCCGCAGCUCUGAGGACAGAGUUACUGUCUCCAAGAACAUCCUCUCCACAGGCAAGCCAGAUACAGAUGACUUGUCAGCGUUUGUCACCGGGAUCGUUCUCUACAGAAACCUGGGCAGCAUCCUAUCUCUACAGAGAAACAGCACCGUGCUCAACUCCAAGGUGGUGUCUGUGACCAUCAAGCCCACCCCAGGAUCCCUCUCUACCCCGGUGGAGGUCCAGUUCUCACACCUUUACAACGGCACCACAAACCAGACCUGCAUCUCCUGGGACGAGAGUGACAGCUCUUCGCUGCUCGGAUCGUGGUCUGCCAGGGGCUGCAGAGCCGUGCCUGUCGACUCAUUGAGAACCAAAUGCGUGUGUAACAGACUCUCAACCUUCGCCAUUUUAGCACGGCUAAAUCCUGACAUGAACAUGGAUAAAAUGCAGCUUCCCUCUGUGACGCUGAUGGUGGGCUGUGGAGUCUCCUCUCUCACCUUGAUGCUCCUCAUCAUCAUCUAUGUGUCGGUCUGGAGGUACAUUCGCUCCGAGCGCUCCGUCAUCCUCAUCAACUUCUGCCUCUCCAUCAUCUCCUCCAACGCCCUCAUCCUCAUUGGUCAGACGCAGACACGGAACAAGGUGAUCUGCACGCUGGUCGCUGCUUUCCUGCAUUUCUUCUUCCUGUCGUCGUUCUGUUGGGUUCUGACAGAGGCGUGGCAGUCAUACAUGGCCGUGACUGGCCGGCUGAGGAACCGCAUCAUCCGCAAGCGAUUCCUGUGUCUGGGCUGGGGUCUACCUGCUCUGGUUGUGGCAGUCUCUGUGGGUUUCACCAAAGCUAAGGGAUAUGGCACCGUCAACUACUGCUGGCUGUCUCUGGAAGGUGGUCUGCUUUAUGCGUUUGUGGGACCGGCUGCCGCUGUAGUCUUGGUUAACAUGGUUAUCGGGAUUCUCGUAUUUAACAAACUGGUGUCCAAAGACGGCAUUACUGAUAUGAAACUGAAGGAGAGGGCAGGUCAGAUGACAGUACCACUGUACAAUAUGACGCUCAAAUGUGCCAAGUGCGGAGUUAUCUCGUCGGCUGACGUUUCUACCACAGCUACCAGUAACGCCAUGGCGUCGCUGUGGAGCUCCUGUGUGGUUCUGCCUCUCCUGGCCCUCACCUGGAUGUCUGCUGUCCUGGCCAUCACCGACCGACGCUCCUCCCUCUUCCAGAUCCUGUUCGCUGUGUUUGAUUCGCUGGAAGGCUUCGUCAUCGUCAUGGUGCAUUGCAUCCUGCGCCGAGAGGUUCAAGAGGCAGUGAAGUGUCGGGUAGUGGACCGCCAGGAGGACGGGAAUGGAGACUCAGGGGGAUCUUUCCAGAACGGACACGCUCAGCUUAUGACUGAUUUCGAGAAAGACGUCGACAUGGCUUGCAGAGGAGGUAAGAGUACCGGCAAAAAAAAGAGUACUCUGAAGCGUUCCUCUCUCCAGGGUGAUGAGAAGCCAUCCUCCCAACCCCUGACCCUUCAGAAGGGCUCUAACUUCAACACCAUGCCUGCCAGCAUGGCCAAGGUCCACCUCCAGAAUGUGGCAGACUACCCCAGUCAUACUCUCACCCUGCGCAGGGAGAAGGGUGGCGCCACCAAGGGCAUCAGCACCGAGCUGCCGGGAGCCAAGUCCAUCUACAUCUGUGACGGGGAGCUCUUUAAACAGCUGGACGGGGAGCUGUCUCCACGGGGGACAGGGGAGGCCGGGGGGCCUGAGGGCACAGGGUACAUCAUCCUGCCUAACAACAACAACACUGGCACCCUGGGGCGGCCCGGAAAGGGCAGCAAGGAGGACACGACGGCCAAGUACAACAUCAGCAUCGAGCAGCAGAUGCCCCAGACCAGGCUCAUCCACCUGGCCAACUCGGCGGGGGUGGAGGGCGUCCCAGGUUUCGCGCUGAAGAGCCUGCCUGCAGACCUGGUCAGUGUCUCCUGCUCGGAGAAGGAGUCGCCCGUCCACAACAUGCAGAACGUCUCCGGAGAAUCCCACAUGACCAACAGCAUGUGUGAACAGGGUGAUUCUGGUAACUCUGGAAUGAUGUCCAAGAGCGAGACCGUGUCCACGCUCUCCAUGAGCUCCCUGGAGAGACGAAAAUCUCGCUAUGCGGAGCUGGACUUUGAGAAGAUCAUGCACACACGGAAGCGUCACCAGGACAUGUUCCAGGACCUGAACAGGAAGAUCCACAGUGCAGACCAGGACAGGGCGUCUCCGCCUGGCGAUGGGAAGGCAGGGAAGAGGUGGAGUGUGUCCUCAACAGGCAGCGACAAGACCAUCAUGAGUGACAAGCAGCAGACACCCAGUAAGAGAGCCUGGGAGGGCAUCAGGAAGACCCAAUCUCCCCCGUCGUGGAUGAGGAAGGACCUGGAGCCCUUGGCGGCCUCUCCCCUGGAGCUGCAGAACGUGGAGUGGGAGAAGGCCAGCGCCACCAUCCCUCUGGUGGGACAGGAGCUCAUGGACCUGCAGACAGAGGUGUGAGACUGAGACAGAGAGACAGACGGAGAGAGAGCAGCCAACCCCGUCCCCCAGCCCAGCUCUCAGACAGACAGACACCUUCCCUUCCCGAAGCUCCACGUCUCAAUCUCACUCUGAGAACCAACGACCAAAUGAUUAAUGACCAACGAAACGGGCAGGGGUGAGUGAGAGAGAGAGAGAGAGAGAGAGAGAGAGAGAGAGAGAGAGAGAGAGAGAGAGAGAGAGAGAGAAGCUCCUUUAUGUUAGGACCCAACUAAGAGAAUGAGAAAAUGGGAAGACAUACAGAAAGAGAGAGAGGGAGAGAGAGAGAGAGAGAGAGAGAGAGAAGCUCCUUUAUGUUAGGACCCAACUGACAGAAUGAGAAAAUGGGAAGACAUACAGAAAGAGAGAGAGGGAGAGAGAGAGAGAGAGAGAGAGAGAGAGAGAGAACAAUUGCCUGUUAAAUGGGGGGGAAGAGAACAGGUUUGCAGUGCAUUUUGUUAUAUGUUCUUAUUGCUGCUGGAAUCAGUUUUUUGUUUACUAUGUCAGACAGUCAUAUAUCUGGUCUGUUAUUAUCCACAUUAUUACUUCACUGGACACAUACUUGAGUCCCUCUCUCCUCCUGGUAGAUCUCUGUGGAGGGUUAGCCAGUUUGGCAGUUGGGUGGUGUAGGUAGUGUAGGUUAAAAGGACAGACUGCAACUGCCUAUGGACUCUUCACCAGCCUGCUAACAGAUCACCUGGACCAGCCAUACAGUUCAUGUUCCAACCAAGCCUUUAGGCAAUGGACCUGGUCUGGACAAGACCUUCACCCAACAUACAGUACAUGUUCCAACCAAACUACAUGUCCAGUACAUGUCCCAAACACGCCUAGGCAGUGGAGGAGGCAGACUGCUGGACCAUAACCAUGUGCCUCUCCAUGCCAACUAAGAGCCCCGCCCCACCCUCCACUGCACUGUCAGACAGAGUCCACACCCCCUUGACAGGAAGGGAGCAGAUCGAUGACAUCAGCCAGCCAAAAGGGUGGAAAACCCUUCCAUUGGUGGGUACCAUAGUGACAUCAGCAUAGACCAACAAGAAUGAGAUAUCUCAUUUGCGGAUGCCCUUAAUGACAUGACUGAAAGCCAAGAUGGCCAUAUCUCAUUGGUGGAAGCCUCUAUGACCUCAGCAGAAGCCAAGGAGACACUGUUUUGAUUGGUUGACUGAUUGCUUGAUGUACGAGCAGGCUUGGUACAUUUGUGGCAAAUUUUAUUCUGCUUGUUCAGCAAAUGCAGGUGGUAAAAAAUGAAGGACACUCAUGUCACAAAGUAUAUAAAGAAUUAUGCUUAAUAUUGACAAUGGAAAUGAAUAAAUAUAAAAAUAUAUAUGAUAAAUACUGUAUAGGACAUGACAGAGGUUGUGACUCUGCAGUAUGGGGUUAGGAUUAGUUGCACACAGAGAAAGCACAAGGCUCUUUUGGAGUCCUGUUGUACAGCAAUGUAAUUACUUCAACAGAGUUCUACAGAAUGAAUUUUAGCCUAUAAAUAUCUUUCUUACUGUGCUUGGGGAUUAUUGUUGUCAUUAUUAUAAUUAUGACCAUGAUUAUUCAGAUUACAUCUGCGUCCGAAAUGGCACCCUAUUCCCUAUGUAGUGCACUGCUUUUGACCAGGUCAAAUGACAGGAAUUAACACCAGGUUAAAAGUAGUGCGCUAUAUAGGGAAUAGGGUGCCAUUUCGAACACAUAUUAUGAUUCCCCUCCCAUCCUUUUCAGGGUACUGGAAUAUGAGUGUUCUGUAACUCCAUGUAACAGUGUGUGUUUUGGUAUCACUGACUGUCACUCCCUCCUCAGAUCUGUACCUGUCUGACAUGAACCCUGACCUCUGUCCCCUGACCUUUAACCUCCACCGCCCCUCCACCUUUUUAGUUCACAGGGGUUGACUCUUUGUUAAUGUACAGUUUUCAGAGCACAAAAUGAAUGUGUCAUAUUUCUAAUAAAAAUAUAUCUAUAUAAUAAACUA